AUGCUUGAGCUGGCCCCAGGCCUGGACUCGCUGUGCGGUGUCAUUGAACACAACAUAUCUGGAGCGAAUUCUGAGGUGGCCCAAGCAUUUCUCUCCAAAUUGCAUGCCGCCGGCAUCUACGCCCGGGCGUUUACGGCUGACAUUUGCAACGGCGAGCAGUUGGCCGUGGCCAUCAAAAAAGUCCAGGCCGCCAUGCCGUCCAUCCGUGGCGCCAUUCAGUGCGCAGGCGUUGUUGACGUACGUCGAGUUCCACCUCUGCAGGUCAUCAUAGAUUUAUCGCUAACUAGAGACCAGGAUGCCGCUUUCGCCAGCAUGGACUACGACCGCUGGCAAAGAGCCUUUGAGCCAAAGGUGGUCGGAUCGAACAACCUCCAUGAACAACUGCCAAAAGACAUGGACUUUCUCAUCUUCCUGUCCAGCUCGUCCGGCAUCAUUGGAAAUCGCGGCCAGGCCAAUUACUCUGCGGGAAACUGCUUCCAAGAUGCACUGGCCCGGCACCGUAGUGCAUUGGGCAUGCACAGCGUGUCCAUUGAUCUCGGCCUCGUGCUUGGUGCUGGCAUGGUUGCUGAAAACGAAAGCCUGCUCGAUGCCAUGAAGGCCACCGGCUUCAUUGGCAUACGUAUUCAAGACGCGCUGUCCAUCCUCGACCGGGCCAUGGCCCCGCCCGGGUCCGAGGCUAGCCUCAGCGUUCCCGCGCAGAUUGUAACAGCAGUCGGGACAGGCGGACUGACGAUCCAAAACCAGCCGGCGGACCCGUUUUGGACGCGAGCAGCACUGUUCCGAUACCUCAACCAAGUCGACGCACCGCCCCACGGCCUCAACUCGGCAGCUCGCAAGGCGGCAGGCCAAGAUCUACGUUCCGCCGUUCGAACGGCGUCAACGGCAGAAGAAGCUGCAAAAGCUGUGUGUACGGCUCUCAUUGCCACAGUGGCCCGGCGGAAGGGCAUGGUGCCGGACGACUUUGAUCGGCAGCAAUCGCUGGGCAACUACGGCAUCGACUCCCUCGACUCAAUCUUCGUACUGGGAUGGAUUUCUCGGGAGACGGGUGCCACCGUGCAGACAGUCGAGGGCGUGACAAUUGCCGAGCUAAGCCAAGACAUUGCUCAACGAAUGCUUGCGGUCGAGGAAGAGGGUCAGUAA